CCCGACCUAAAUGUCCCACCUUUGUUGCGCCUUUUUUGCAGCAGACUUCUUGCUUUUUGUAGUUAGGGCAUGCACAUGCUUAUGCCGGCUCUUUAUCCAUCAUGACGUGCGUUCAAGAGUGUCGAGAAGAAAUCGUCCCGGAAAACUCAUGCAAAAAUGGAGUUUGCACUCUUACUCGCCGGAAAGUUCAGACAGUGGGGCCAGCAUAUUUCAAUUAUUAUCGCAUUGCUCAUCAGAACGAGCAAUCUGUUUGGUUAAACAGUAAUCAAGAAACUGAGGAAGAAAUAGAGGAAGAUGUCUCUGAUGACAUUGAUGAUCUAGCGUAUCUCAAAAGCUUAGAUCCUAAGGAAUGCAAGGACCAAGAUCAUUACAGGGUUCUAGGUUUAGGAAACAAGAGAUACAAGGCCUCUGAAAAUGAUAUCCGACUGGCCUACCGUAAAAAGGUAUUACGCCAUCACCCGGACAAACGAAAAGCUAGAGGAGAGAAGGUUGAUCAAGAUAAUGAUUACUUUGUGUGUAUAUCGAAAGCAUAUGAUAUUCUUGGUGUUUCAUCCAAGCGACGUUCCUAUGAUUCUGUUGAUCCAGAGGUAGAUGAUGGUGUUCCCACUGCUAAUGAAUACACCAAGAAAAACUUUUACCAGGUCUUUGGGGCUUUCUUUGAAAUGAACUCGCGAUGGUCUGAAAGGCAACCUGUUCCCAAACUUGGUGGCCCUGAUGCAAAAAUCCAAGAGGUUGAGAAGUUUUAUAGUUUUUGGUACAAUUUCCAAUCAUGGAGAGACUUUUCUUAUCUAGAUGAAGAGGAGAAGGACUCAGGCAUGGAUCGGGAGCAGCGAAAAUGGAUUGACAAACAAAACAAAGCUAUGAGAGUUAAGAGGAAAAAGGAAGAGAUGGUCCGAAUACGCUCCUUGGUUGACCUUGCAUACAGUAUGGACCCUCGAGUGGCUGCAUUCAAGCAGGAGGAAUUAGACAGGAAAGCAGCUGCCAAGAAGGCUAAGCAGGAUGCUGUACGAGCUGCUAGAGCUGAACAGGAAAGAGUGGAGCGAGAGGCAGUGGAGAAAGUUCGUCAAGAGAAGGAGGAAAAAGAACGUGAAGAAAAGACGCGCCUUGAAGCCGAGAAGAAACAAAAAGAAGCAUUGAAGAAAGCAAUGAAAAAAGAAAGGAAAAUCAUGCGAGAUUUCCUUAAAGAAAAAGAUUAUUUUGUUGAAGAUCUCAAUGAAAAAAUUCCCCACCUGACUGGGAUGGAUAAGUUGUGUGAAAUGCUUUCUUUGAUACAACUUCAAGAACUCAACAAUAAUAUGAAGGAACAUGGCAGAGAAGCUUUUCUUGAUGCAUUAAGUGAAUGUGAACGCAAACUGGAUGAAGAGAGGAGAACUGUUGUAGAAGCUGCAAGAUUGGGACGUGGGGUUUCACUAGGCACAAAUGAAAUUGCCCCUGCCAAUGAAAAGCUAGAAAUUACUUCCAACUGGACUCCUGAGCAUUUACAACUUUUGAUUAAAGCUGUAAAUAUGUUCCCAGCUGGGACUGUGGACAGGUGGGAGUGUGUUGCCAACUUUCUCAAUUCCCAUGCCUCUGGUGCUGGUAUAAUUCGUACACCUAAGGAAGUUCUGGACAAAGCAAAAACUUUGCAGAAAUCAGACCAUAGCAGAAGUGCCCUCCGGGAACAAGUCAAUUCUUUAGCCUUUGACAAAUUUCAGAAUAAUCAAAAACGUGAAAUCAAAGUUGUUGCUGAUGGAGGAGCCUCAGAAAGAUUUGAUACUCCUGCAGCUCAAGCCGGUAGAAACCCAGCUCCAUGGACCAAUGAUGAGCAGCAGUUAUUGGAACAGGCUCUCAAGAAAUUUCCCAAUGGAACAGAGGAGAGAUGGGAUAGAAUUGCAGAAGCUGUCCCUACUCGCUCUAAAAAAGAUUGUAUGAAGCGAUACAAGGAAUUGGUGGAAAUGGUUCGCGCAAAACAAACAGCUAAACAAAGCACAGAAAACAGUACUGGAAAGUAAAUCUUGUUAUGUAGGCUAUUGUUACCAGUUUGAUUACAUUGACACUUGUUAAAAACCCAUCUCUUCCAUUUAAUCUAAAAUCCUGUCUUUCCAAUUAAGAUUUUUGCUGAAAUGAUUCAAAGCUUAUCUUUUUUUAAAUUAUAAAUACAAAGUACGUGUUUGUUUUGCUGGGAUGGAUCUAAUUAAAAUAUUGCUAUUAUUUAUUGUAAGUAUAUAAAUGGGUAAUACCAGUGAGAACAUAACAUAUUUUAAAACCCACUCAGUUUCCUUUUAUAUUUAACAAGGUGUUGUCAGAAUUGAUUUGUUUUCUUAAGUUGAAGAGCUGGUUGAAAUUAUGUUUUUGAGACAGAUUUGUGGAGUGUUUCCCUUCGUGAUGACGACAUGUGUAUGUUCAAUUUUUGUGAUACUGAUAUUUCAUUAAAGUGUUAAGACCAUGA